AUGGCUCCCAACAAUGUUUUACGCGACCCACGUAGGCCAUCAUAUACUCCUGUAUCCCUUCAGCCUGGGCUUAGAAAGCUUUCUCCCUUCUGUUCUGAUGUUCAACCAUCUCUCACGUCUUCUGGGCAUGGUAAAUCCGAGCCAAACACUUGCCAGGCUCCCAUCAAGCUCGACAAUCUUGACGGCCAUAGCUGUCUUGUGUUUGCUCACCUGAAUGUCGAACACGAUGAAGAUGAACUCGACGAGGAGUAUGGCAUUAAUGCUGUUGCUGCGACACCGACGCCAAACUAUCCGAUUAAUUCGCAGCUACCCCCGGUUGCCCGCGUUUCUCAGCCUUUCAACUUCACCUUUUCAAGCGGCACAUUCAGUAACGGUGACAGCGGCUUGCACUAUUCCCUGUCGAAUGCUCCAUCAUGGUUGAAGAUAGACUCGGCCACUCAGACCCUCUAUGGCACUCCGGGUACAAAUGACGCUGGAGCGCCGCAGUUUCUCCUCGUCGCCGCUGAUCAGUCUGGGUCAGGAUCCAUGGACGUGACACUUGUUGUUUCUAGUGACCCAGGUCCGCAGACUGGAAAGUCUCUUCUGCCCCAAUUAGCAAAGACCGGUCCAACGUCGAGUCCCGGCACCGUUUUCAUGUAUCCGGGACGAGCAUUCACUAUAGACUUCGGCGCUGCAGGAGUGUUCUCCAACAUCCAAGCAAACACUAUCUUCUACGCGACAUCUGCGCCGUACAAUUCGCCUCUUCCAUCAUGGAUGUCAUUCGACCCCUCCCAACUCAAGUUCACCGGCAUCAGCCCAUCCAACCCAUCAUCGGUCCCUCAAUCAUUCACCUUCAAUCUCAUCGCCUCCGAUACCGCCGGGUUUAGUGCAGCCAUGGUGACAUUCGAGAUCGUUGUAGGCCAGCAUAUACUGUCGUUCAGUGAAACCGCGCAAACUCUCAACUUCACUCGUGGGCAACCCUUCAGCACGCCGCAAUUCAUUGAGAACCUUUCACUGGAUAAUCGCAGCGUCUCCUCGAAGAAUCUGUCGCAUUUCAGCCUCGAUGGGCCCUCCUGGCUGAAACUAGACAACAAAACCCUCUCCCUCAGCGGCACAGCCCCGCAAGAUGCCGACAACGAAAACGUUACACUCACUGUCGGCGACAUUUAUGAUGACAUGGCAAGACUGGAGCUCAAUCUCAGAGUCUCACAACUUUUUGCAAAGGGCGUACAAAGCUGCAAUGCGACUAUUGGAGACACAUUCUCAUAUACCUUUGAUAAAUCUUUGUUGAGCGAUGCUUCCGUGAAACUGCAGGUCGACUUGGGUGAAGUAUCUUCCUGGGUCCAAUAUAAUACGGCGACUGAGACACUCACUGGAGAUGUUCCGAAGAACCUCACCCCGCAAACAUUCUCAAUCAAGUUGACGGCUACUCAGGGGCCAGUGAAGGAGACGCGGAAUCUCAAUCUCAAGGUCAGCAAAUCUGGAACAGGCGGCGUUUUCAACGACAAUCAGACUUCAUCUGGCACAAAGCAUGGGAUAGACAGCAGGAAAGCCGGAAUAAUUGCAGCUGCUGUACUUGCGCCCUGCGCAGUGGCCGCAGCAAUCGGCAUUCUCCUCUUUUUAUGGUGCCGUCGCCGGCGUUCCAAAGCGAGCAACGCAAGGCAUGAUAAAGACGAAGAAACCGCCUCGUCAGAGCAGCAAUUCUCAUCCCAAGAUAUACAUCCUGACAAGAGCGGUGCAGCAGCUCAAGUCACGGAGGUUCCACGGGAUUUGUCGGACUUGUCGUCGAACGAUUCGGCUCCGCCGCAGUUGGGACCACUUUGGGAGACUGCUUCUCUUGAAGAUGAGCAGCGCCAGCCGUCAUCCAGACUCGAUAUUGAACCACAAAAACUUAUCAUGGAAUGGGACAGUGCAAGCAUGCGUGCGGGCAAAAGUCGAGUACCGUCAAAUGUGUCACCCACAAGAAGCACGAGCAUCUCCCAAGCGUCUCCAUUACCCCGUCGCGGUAGCAGGAGACACUCGAAACGAGAGCCUCUCAAACCAAUUCAAGCUCGUUCGCUCAAACGAGAUUCUAUCAUGUCCUCCAAAUCGAAACGCUACUCCAGGCGUUCCAGUGGAAUCUCGGGAGUAGCACCAGGCCUUCCUGUUCGGCUCAGCGGCGCCGGCCAUGGCGCUGGGGGGAUUGGCCCUCCACGGUCAGACAUGGUCAGGGCAUCAUGGCAUACCACACAACUAUCUCUACAAAGCGAUGAUACCGGCAUCGAAAACUUGGCGAUUAUGUUCCCUCGCCCCCCUCAUGUGCGCAAUAGAGACGGUAGCAUAUCAACUCGACAUCGCCGUGACUACCAAAAGCGAGUCAGCAUGAAAUCCAACAGACCUUUAUCGAUGGAGCCUCCCGAACCAGACUCUCUCGAGGCUUUCAUUCAAGGUCGUGCGCGCAGCCGCAACUCGGGCAAUCCCCUAUUUUCAUCUCGAAUGAACAGCCGGGGGUCCACUGGAUAUCGCGCAUUGGAUAAAGCGCGUCGCAGCUCCAGCAUUGCUGACACGACGGUGUCCACGUCUACCUAUGCGGACGAUCGACGACAGUCUCAGGUGGUUCGUCCUGUGUCUGCCGCCAUGUCGGCAUCGGUGUAUGGAGAUGAUAAUCGAAAUUCGAUGAUCCCAGCUCGACCAAUGUCGCAGAUAUCUGAGCUUGGCGGGUUCAAUACAAACAGAAACAGGACCAGUCAAGGCUUGGUGCAACGCUAUACCGAAGCCAUAGCCGAACUACCACGGUUCUGGAGUCAGGGCAGCAUGGGCAGCAUGCGACGGUUUGAAUCGGCAGAGUCCCUGGCUGGGUCGGACGACUAUUACGAUUUGAUUGACGAGCGCGAGGACCCUGAAGGCCGUCGGCAGUGGUACCGCGUCAAUUCGCAGACGCAGCCACUUUGCAAGGUAGAUGAAGUCGUCAAGGCACAGGCUGUGGUGGAAAACGAAGACUUCUCGCCGGUCUCCGAGACGGCCGACACUCGAGUGCGUCGCAUGAGUCUGCUGCGCACGGGAGGUCAGGAUAGCAGUCCUGCUGCGCCUCGACACUGGCGGCUUGCAGACACACAGCAAAGGCGACCCAGUAUUGAAGACAGCGACAGUCUUCAGCCAAUGACAAACAGCAGUUUUAGGGGCGACCUGGCUUUUGUUUAG